AGAACCUGAAAACGGGUUUGCAACUCGCAUAAAAUUAAUGCAGAAACUCAAGUCCUCUGAACCGUUAAGUUCUUACGAACGCGGGUUGUAUUAAAAAUGUAUCAAAUUAGUGAAGAUGUUAAAAAGAAAGUGUACGAAACGUUUGAACGAAACGAACAAAUGGUGGAAGAUGAUGUCCACAUCAUCAAAACGUGGAUGAAAACUCAGGCACACCUUCCAGAAAUAAUGGGGGACGCCCAUAUUAGAAAUUUUCUUAACUUGAAUAAGUACAGCAUUGAAAAAACGAAGGGAAAAAUUGAUAUGUAUUACACCAUCAGGAGCGUCAUUCCUGAGUUAUUCGAACUUAGCAAUCCUAAACUGGACAACGUGAAGAACGUGUUCAAUACUUCAUAUAUGUUCACUUUUCCGAAACCUCUGAAUGAUGUCCACAGAGUGUAUUUUUCAAAGCAAAAAUUACCCAACUCGUUGAACUCCACAGAGCUAUCUAAUGUUUGGUUGGCAAUUUUUGAAGUUCGAUUACAUGAAGAUUUCAUGGUUGACGAUUACAUCAUAGUCGAUUUAGAACAUUACAGUCUAAGUGACAUUAAAAGGGUCACUCCCAUGAUAGUAACAAAGUUUUUAGCAGUUUAUAAGAAAGUGUAUGCCCUUCGAUUAAAAAAAAUCGUUUUUGUGAAUUGUCCGCCGUAUAUUUCCAUUUUGAUUGCGAUUUUAAAAGCCGUCAUGAAACCUAAGAUUUUUGAGAGAGUUGAGUUUCAUCAAGACACUGGAGCACUGAAAAAUUUUAUUCCUGAAGAGGACUUUCCGAGUGAUUAUGGGGGCAAAGGACCCUCCUUGGAAGACUACAAUGGUAUGAUGCUGAAGAAGCUUUCGGAGUACCAAAAUCGGUUCGAUGAAUUGGACAAACUGAGGGUUAAUGAAAGUCUUCGACCUGAAAAACUGGACAACGACGAAAUUUUGGGGUUCUAUGGGAGUUUUAAAAAAAUAAAUCUCGAUUAAAUGUGUCGAUGGUUUUUCUUUGUGAAUAAGUUAGGGAAAACAGAGAGUAAGGAUGUGAAAAAAUGUGGUAUUAAAUAAAGCGUUUGCUUCUUCUA